CACACACGCGAUGGAGAACACAUCAUACAAAUAUACAUAUAGUACAUAAAGAUGGCUUGAAACCUAAUUAAGGGUUACUGAAAGCGAAACUAUAUAGAUAUAGUAUGGUGGAAAGAGUAGGAAGAAAAUAAUUACACGGUCCACCCACCUAUCAGUCAACAAACCAGCUCCCACAUGAACUCAUGUUCUCUCCUUGCAAUCGAUGCCUAUAUCCAUAUCCAUCGUAAUUAUAAGUCUUAACAAACCUCUUUCAGCUUUCCCAAACUAUUUAUAACACCAACGUUCUAGUACAUCAAAGAAUAAGCCUAGUAACAGAGUGAAAUCGAAUUUCAACUCCAACGGUCGUCUGCUUCUCCAUCGUCGUUUUGUCUUUGUCACUGUUAAGAUGCCGCUGCGCUGCCGUUUUCACCAUCGCUGAGAAGAUCCACUUGCUCCGCUGCCGUUUCAUUUAUGUUCACCGAAGAAGCUUGAUGAUGCGCUGUCGUUUCUUUAUUUCUCCUUUAAGCUGUACUUUCUUUUACUCCAAGUCAGACUUGGUUUCCUUUCCAAGCUACCAAACAAUGUCCAUGGAAGCUUGUCUGUUUGUGUGGUUUACUGAGCCUAUAAAAGGCGGAUUUGAUGAAUGAGAAAGUAGAAAUUAGGUUUUCAGUCACUCCAUCUUGUUCCUUUGUUAUGGUAUCAGAGCCUGGGAUAAAACCCUAGCCGCCACCCCUCUUUUCCAAUGGCUGAUAAUCAAGCCGAACAACAGCAACAGCCAGACCCUCAACCACAAGAUCCACCAAAUAUUCUUGAUCAUGCAUCUGACCCCUUCUUCCUCCAUGGUUCUGAGCAACCUGGAUCCCUUCUUGUUGCUGAAAAACUCACAGCAACCAACCACAAUGAUUGGAGCAGAGCUAUGCUCAAUGCCCUUGCAGCCAAAAACAAGCUGGGUUUCAUCAAUGCUUCCAUUCCAGAACCACCACCCACAGAUCCAAGACAUGGAGUUUGGACACGCAACAAUGUUAUGAUUCUCAGCUGGAUCCAGCAAGCCACUUCUUCAGAGAUCCGCAAGACCAUUCUCUCCAGCAAAACAGCAGCAGAAGCUUGGAAAAGUCUUCAAACCAUAUAUGGAUCUGGUGAUCUUAUUCGCAUUGCAGAGCUUGAAGAAGCACUCUCUUCACUUCAGCAAGGUAACCAGACUGUAACUGAGUACUAUGGUAGAAUGAUUACUCUCAAAGAUGAGUUAGAGAAUUAUCAACCUCUACUGCCAUGCUCUUGUACCCCAACCAGUCACAAUACCUGUGUUGGCAUGCUAACUGCUCAUCAGUACCAAGAAACAAGUUAUGUUAUUAAGUUCCUCAGAGGCCUCAAUGAAAAUUUCUCUGGAGUCAGAGCUCAAGUCCUAUUUGGAGAUGAAUUGCCAAACAUCAACAGGGUCUUCCAAAGGAUGCUUCAACACGAAAGACAACUCUAUGGAACUCAAUCUGGAAAGUUAAUAGCAUCUAUGAAACAGAUUCUUCAGCAAUGGCAUUUCAAGGAGGCAACAGGAGGCCAAACCAAAAUUCCAAACCUCCUUACUGCACAUUCUGCAGAAGGGAAGGUCACACUGAAGACAUAUGUUUCCAGAAAUAUGGAUGGCCUCCUGGAAUGACCAGACCUUCCUCCUUGACACCUAGCACAAUCACCACUUGUUCUUACUGCAAAAAGAGGGGACACACUGAAGACAAGUGUUUUUCAAAACAUGGCUAUCCUGCUAAUUUUGUGCCUAGGAACCCAAAUUCAGUUGCUGGUCGAGGAAGACCUGCUGUGAACUCUGCUAUCACUAAUGCUCCAUCAGAUGAAGUCAAACUCUCAAGAGCUGACUAUGACAAGCUUAUGAGCCUGAUGAAUGCUCAAAAACCUACAACCUCUUUCUCUGCUGCUGCCUUUGUCACCAACAAAGGUAUUCUUCCAACUCCUAUCUUUAAUGUUUUUUCCUCUACACAGACAAUGUGGAUAGUCGACACUGGAGCAUCAGACCACAUUGUCUGCUCCCUCUCUUACUUACAAGAUCCUCAACCAUUGACAAACAUCUUCAUAACUCUACCCACUGGAACUAAAGUCCAAGCCACACAUUCUGGCACAGCUGUUUGCAAUGAUGCAAUCACCCUUCAAAAUGCACUGUUUGUUCCCAAUUUUUCCUUCAACCUUCUAUCUGUGAGCAGACUCACCUCCACAUCAAACCUCAGCUUAUCUUUUCAAUCUACCAUGUGUCUUAUACAGGAUCUGGAGCAGAAGAGAGUGAUUGGUUCUGCUAGCCUUCACAAUGGCCUUUAUUACCUCCAAGCAACAUACACCCCUAAGUUGAUCUCUGCAGCUUCCAGAACUCCCUUUGACUUAUGGCACUUUAGAUUAGGACAUGUUUCCCACUCUAAAAUCCCUAUUCUCAGCCAAUUUUGUACCUCCAUUACCACACAGAGAGAUCAACCUUGUGAUGUAUGUCAUUUUGCAAAACAAAAACGUCUUUCAUUUCCUGUAAGCCAGUCUGUAACUCAAUACCCCCUUGAACUACUCCAUGUAGAUAUCUGGGGUCCUAACUCUAUCCCUUCUUAUGAUGGCUACAAGUAUUUUUUGACAAUUGUGGAUGACUUCUCUAGAAUGACAUGGAUCAUUCUUCUCCAUCUCAAAUCAGAAACUAGACCAAAACUGAUAGCUUUCUGCACUCAGAUGCAAAGAAAAUUUCAAAAACAAAUCAAAACCAUCAGGUCUGAUCAAGGCCAAGAAUUCCAAAUGUAUGAUUUUUUCACAUCAACAGGCAUUUCUCAUGAAAUGUCCUGUGUAGAAACCCCACAACAGAAUAGCAAAGUUGAGAGAAAACAUUAACACAUUCUUGCUGUGGCUCGAGCUCUCCAAUUCCAAGCUCAUCUGCCACCAGCUUUCUGGGCAGAUUGUGUAAAACAUGCUGUCCAUCUCAUUAAUAGAGUUCCCACAGCAGUUCUUCUAAACCAGACACCCUAUCAUCUUUUCUACAAACAGCCACCUGACCUCACAGAGUUAAGAGUUUUUGGUUGCCUUUGCUAUGCCUCCACCCUAGCCAAUCACAGAACAAAGUUCCAACCUAGAGCUAGAAAAACAAUAUUCAUAGGAUAUACUCCUGGCAUCAAAGGAUACAGGCUAUAUGAUUUACAAUCUCAUGAAGUAUUUACUUCACGAGAUGUCAUAUUCUAUGAGUCUCAUUUUCCCUUCCAAGAAAUACAGUCUGAUGAU